AUGCUGCCAUGUACCUGCCGAGCGCUACGUGUACGCUUACGAGCAGGCUUCUCAAAGUCAGCGACGGCUAGAUCUCACGUCGGCAAGGACCCUGUCGAGAUACCUCCGGGCAUCUCCUUCAGCAUUCGUCCUUUGCCCGACAAACCGUCUGCAAAACGAGCGAGGAUGGAUCUGGCCGAGCUGGCCGUCACGGGUCCAAAGGGGAUCGUGAACGUAGAGAUUGCGAGCUGCGUCACCUUGCGAGUCGGCGACACUGUACUGCCCAAUAAGACGCCAAAGACUCUUUCGCCGGCCAACGCUGGCUCGACCGUACAAGUUGAGAUAGCAAAGCCAGCCGUCAAGUACCAGCGAGGAGUCUGGGGUCUCACUCGCAUGCUCAUCUACAAUGCCAUCAGAGGCGUCACUGUUCCCUUCACGAGGGAGAUCGAACUCGUCGGCGUUGGCUAUCGCGUCACACUCGAGCCGAAUCCAAAGUCAGACACGGGCGGUCAGCAGCUGACGUUCAGAUUGGGCUAUCCAAAUCCUUUUGAGGCACCCUUGCCACCAGGCAUGACUGCCGAAGUGCUUUCGCCCACCCGCGUCGUCAUCACAAGUGUCGACAACCAUCUCCUGGGCGAGUAUGCAGCAAAUAUCCGACGGCAAAGACCGCCGGAACCCUACAGAGGCAAGGGCGUCUUUGUGCACAACGGAGAAAAGCGUGAUACGAUCAAGCGCAAAGACAUCAAGAAGAAGUAGUGGUAACACGUAUGUCUAUCGCCAGUCGUUAACGUCGUCUGCG